ACCCUGGUCUCCAAGUCCAAUGCUCAAACCACUCUGGCUCUCUCUUUUUUCUGCUGGAAAGUUAAGGGUGUCCAAUUCUGCCUAACAUUUUGCAGGAAAAACUCCAAGGUGCAUGCUACUAAGCCUAUGUUGGGGUAUGAUCAAGACAACAAAAGUUAUUAAUGAGGCGGAAAGUACAAGCUGGGAGAGGCUGCAGCAGUUUGCUUUUGCCCUAGUCUACAGGGAAUGGCAAGAGUCGUUCUCUCCUUCCUGCUGAGCUACUUUGAGUCCAGAUUACUUUUGCACUUUGAACUUGAUUUGGAGAAAGCUGAAGUUAGCUGUUUAAGAAGAGGGAAAGUGGGAGGAGGAGAGAGAAACUGGGACGUUUUAAAAGCGGUUGAAAAAGUGGGACGAUGGAGGAUCAAUUGGUUCUAUCUCUGCCAAAUUGAAAUUCAGCUCCUCCACUUUCCCUUGCUUGAUACCUAGGGCCUCUGCUCUUUGACGUUUACACUCCAGCGAUUAAACCAAGUUGUUUUAUAGAUGUCCCUCUCCGUGUUCAGCCCAGUUAACCAGCCCAGCUGUAUGCUAAUGGAGAGCAAACACAAGUUCAGUUUCUCUCUCUCUCUCUCUCUCUCUCUCUUGCAUUAAGUUGGUGGCAGGAAUCUAUUGUUGGAGCCUGCCUUGGUCCCCUAUACCCCCCCCCCUCUGCCCAUUGCACUCUUUAAUGGAGGUGGGGAGGGAUAAUAAUAAAAAAGGCUAUCCAGACUCAGUGAUGGGGAAGGGGGCUUGCAGAUGUCAAAUGAGACUCUGCUUCCCUCUGCUUUGUAGAAAAAGUUUGGGGCAGCUGCUUUGCAAGAGCCUUGCUUCCCUAGCCUUUCCCCCCUCCACUUUCUGUCUUUGUUGACUGCAUUUUCCAUUGGAGUUCCUUUGCCAUUGCUUGCCCCACAGCCUGUUUGUUCCUUUUUUAUAAUCAUUCACCCUUCCCAAAAGUAAGCUUCAGGCUGCCACCCGGGGAGAAAGAAAGACAGGCGGCAGAUGCCAGGAAUCACCUAUGUAAAUAAGAAAGUGCAGCCAGGCAGGUGGCAGGGAUCCGAGGGUAGGGCAGCCUUGCUUGCUCUCUUGGCGCAGGUUCAGGUGGCGGUUGGAGGUGAAUCAGCAACAGACGGGAGGGUUGUGUUGUUGUUGCUGCUGCUGCUGGAGAGGAACAUGUGCAAGGAACAGGUUGGAACAAGCAUCUCUCUGCAACUUGGGGGACCAGCAUCAUGGCUCAUGCCGGAGACAUUUAUCUUCACGGAUGGCGAGGACGAAGAACUGAAGAAAAGGGCAGCAAACGUCAUCAACACCAAUUGCUCAGCUGCCCACAGUCGCCAAGCCCUGUCCUGCAAGAUGGCAGUGGAAUACGACAAAUUCAUCGAAUCCGGGCGAAAGUGGUUUUGCCACGUGGACGAUGACAAUUAUGUCAACGUUCGGAUGCUGAUGAAGCUGCUCUCCAGUUAUCCGCACACGCAGGACAUCUACAUUGGAAAACCCAGCCUGGACCGGCCCAUUCAGGCAACUGAGAGGAUCAGUGAGAACAAGAUGCAUCCUGUACACUUCUGGUUUGCUACGGGUGGCGCUGGUUUUUGCAUCAGUCGUGGACUGGCACUGAAAAUGAGUCCCUGGGCUAGCGGCGGACAUUUCAUGAGCACAGCGGAAAAGAUCCGGCUCCCGGACGACUGCACCAUCGGGUACAUCAUCGAAUCUGUGCUGGGGGUGAAGCUCAUCCGGAGUAACCUCUUCCAUUCUCAUCUGGAGAACCUCCACCAAGUGCCCAAGUCAGAGAUUCAUAAACAGGUGACCCUGAGUUAUGGAAUGUUUGAAAAUAAAAGGAAUUCUAUCCAUAUGAAGGGGGCUUUCUCAGUGGAUGAGGAUCCAUCCAGGUUCCGCUCGGUCCACUGUUUGUUGUAUCCAGACACUCCUUGGUGCCCUCCGAACGUGGUUUACUAAGAGACAAAGCGUCCCCUUCGUAACCUCGUCCCACGUCUCCCCGGUAUCCGAAGAGCUUGUGGGACCCAUGUGUGUGUGUGUCCCCCCCCCUUUUGCUGUGAAGCGAUUGCCUCUUUAAUUACUGUGGUUAAUGCACAGUGUGUGUAUGUUGUAUAGGCUGCUGUGCGGCCCUUGUCUUCCUUCAUCGGUUUUCUUAUUCUCUCUAGUUGGGCAGAGCGUGCCGAACAUGUUUGUGAUGCCAAAUGCAUUUUUUUUGUGUGAUGCCCACCCUUUUGAUGAGGCAAGGGCUAAGCAGAUAGAAAGGAAAUGCCCUCAAGCCCUUGCCUUUGGCCAGGGGUACCAGCUGGUUUUAUAAGGAUGUAAAACAGGCAUGGGGCAACGUACAGCCUGAAGGCUGCCCUCCAAAAAACCUUUUGAAUUUCCUUUUGACCCAUAUGCACCCUAAGGGAUGUGAGGGGUCCAUUUUGCCACAUUUCUGCCCCUUUCUGGUCUUUCUCUCAAUUUUCUAAAAAGGGCUAAAGACUGUCAGAUUUCUCAUGUCCUUUGGAGAGCUUUGGGCGGCAAAGAAAACCAUUUUAGGGGUUGGAUCUAGCCCACCAGGUUCCCAAGAACAAGUCCAAAAGACCUACCAGUUGCCCAUACUAGCGUAAAAUAUCCUUCCAUCAACUAUCUUAGGCAUUUUUGAAUAUUGCUUUGCAAUGUUCUUGUACAACAGAUCUGGGUUUGUCCCCUUGCUACAAAUACUAGGUUCAUUACUAGGUUCUCCUUUGCUCUCCAAUGAACAGCGUUGGGUUAAAAACAGGCACAUUAUAGACUAAAGUAAAGUUUCAUGUCUUCAUGACAGAAGCUAACCUUGUACUGAAAUGUCCUUGCAGAUAGUGGAAGUUAUAGUCCAACAAGUCUGGAAGGGACCAGGUUGAAAGGCUGCCCUAAAACUUUCACUGACAUUCCUAACUUCUCCUCCUCUUUGUCCCUUUAUGCUUGCGAGGCUCCGGAUAAGUUUUCAUAUGAAGGAUUUACAUACUAUAGUUUUAGUAUGUUGAUUUCUUUUUAAAAGUUUUCCUUUUUGGGAAUUGUCUCCCCACCUCCACAGUGUUAAUCUCUCACUCCUUCUUUACAUCUCUGUGUACAUAGAUCUGUUUUAAAAAAGAAUUCAUUUGAGUUCUGGAGAGCUGCUUUUUGCCCAUUUUUGUAUUCAGAGCUGGCCUCUUGGAUCCCCAGCUUUGGUUGGCGAAAACAUUAAUGGUAUACAGUCCUGCAUAUGUUUGCUUGAAGGACUUGGGAUGCAUCUGCACUGCAAAAUCAAUGCAGUUUGACAUCAGUUUAAAUGCUGUGGCUCAAUGCUAUGGGUUUGUCGUUUUGUGCGAUACAAAACUGGGGCCGCAACAACUACAAAUCCCAGGAUUCCAUAGGAUGGAGCUGUGAGAGUUAAAUCAGUGUCAAACCACAUUAAUUCUGCAGUGUGGCAGCAGUCAUUAGCGUGGACUUGUGAACCAAUACAAGUGAUGAGUUUGCCAAGUUACAAGGUUUCCCUGCCACUAUUUUGCACUACCUUAUAUGCAUUCUGUAUAUAUAUGUAUGUAUAUGUCUGUGGAUAUAUAUAUAUAUAUAUAUAUAUAUAUAUAUAUAACACAUACACACACAUACACAUCUAUUGUGCAUUGUGGUGUGUGGUAAAGGCUGCAGACCUUAUCAAACAGAGAAACCUCUCCCUUUACCAAAUGGCAAGCUGGUCCUCUGUAUUUGCUUCCCAUUUCCCUUCAAUGCAGCAUCUCCGCCGAUACCUUGGAGCAUCUUCUCCAAAGGCGAUAAACCUUUAAAUAUACCACUAUCCAUCUCUCCUGUUUCUGAGCAACCAGACAAGCUCUUCCUUCUUCAUGCAUCCUUUUUUCCCCCAAUCUCUGUACAGUAUUUUUGCUUCACGGACCCUUGAGCGGCGAGCGAAGGCUGAAGGUUUCCGUUCCAAAUGAAAAAAGAAAUGGCCCAUACUGGGUAGCGUUUGUAAAAUAUCUUAUUGCCGCAGUGUUAUUUACUGUGCCUUUUUGUUAAAGCAGAGGCCUGUGUAGCUUUGUAAAUCGUAGGCUUAAAAGAAAACCUUAUUUUUCUUUUCUGUGGACCAGAAAAGAAUAAAAUAAAAUGAAUCAUACUUCUAUCAAAUCUGUUCCAAGAACGAAAUGGAAGAAGUCUUUUGUAAAUGAUCGCUUGCCUUUAAUUUAUACAUCCCAGUAUCUGGGGUGUUGCUCGGUUCUUUCGUCUUUUCUUCUUCCAUAAAAUAGAAAAUGUUUUUGUGAGUUUUGAUCUUGUUUUGUGUUUAAAAUGAGAGAAAAUAGAGGUCGGAAAAAAUAACCUGGAUAAAUGUUCUCAGGGAAUUAAACCUGAUUGUUACCAUGGAGACUCUGUGGUAGCCAUCUUUGCUUUCAAUAAAGCAGCUAGUUGGCUGAUAAAUAACG